GGAGCCAAAUUUGAAGCCUGCGGGGAGGCGGGAACGCGGCGGUGCAGCUGGAUCUGGAGCGGUUUCCUUAGCUGCCUGGGCCGCUGGCGUCCUGCCGUCAUGCCUAUCCGUGCACUCUGCACUAUCUGCUCCGAUUUAUUUGACCACUCCCGUGAUGUAGCCGCCAUCCACUGUGGCCACACUUUCCACCUGCAGUGCCUCAUUCAGUGGUUUGAGACAGCACCGAGUCGGACCUGCCCACAAUGCCGAAUCCAGGUUGGUAAAAGAACCAUUAUCAAUAAGCUCUUCUUUGACCUGGCCCAGGAGGAGGAGGCUACCCUGGAUGCGGAAUUCUUAAAGAAUGAACUGGACAGUAUCAGAGCCCAGCUUUUCCAGAAAGAGAAGGAGAAGCGGGACAGCCAGGUCAUCAUCGACGCUCUACGGGGCACGCUGGAGGAGCGCAAUGCCACUGUGGAAUCUCUGCAGAGGGCCUUAGGCAAGGCAGAUAUGCUCAGCGCCACACUCAAAAAGCAGAUGAAAUACUUGGAGCAGCAGCAGGAUGAGACUAAGCAAGCACGGGAGGAGGCCCGCCAACUCAGGAACAAGAUGAAGACCAUGGAGCGGAUUGAGCUCCUACUCCAGAGCCAGCGGCCUGAGGUAGAGGAAAUGAUUCGAGACAUGGGUGUGGGACAGUCCGCGGUGGAACAGCUGGCCGUGUACUGUGUAUCUCUCAAGAAAGAGUACGAAAACCUGAAAGAGGCGAGGAAGGCCUCGGGGGAGAUGGCUGACAAGCUGCGGAAGGACUUGGUGCUCUCCAGAAACAAGUUGCAAACAGUCUACUCUGAGUUGGAUGAGACCAGGCUGGAGCUAAGGUCAGCUCAGAAGGACUUACAGAAUGCUGACAAGGAAAUCACGAGCCUGAAGAAGAAGCUAACGAUGUUACAGGAAACCUUGAACCUGCCACCGGUGGCCAGUGAGACUGUCAACCGCCUGGUGUUAGAGAGCCCGGCCCCCGCGGAGAUGUUAAACCCGAAGCUCGGCCGGCCGUCCUCCCACAUCAUCGACCUUGAUGCUACCUUCGACGUGGAUACCCCUCCCUCCCAGCCCUCGGGCUCCCGGCACGGCUGCGCCAAGAGGCUCUGCCUGGAGGAGACACCCUCUCUUGUUCAAGACGUCCUCAGGAAAAAGCCCAGAGUUCCUAAACAGGAGUCGCCGCGCCCUCCGGGUGGCCGGCGCUGUGUGGAAGAGCCAGAUGAAGAACUGGCUGGUGCCUUUCCUUUCUUCAUCCGGAGGGCUGUCUUGGGCCAGAAGCAGCCCACGAGAGGCAAAGCGGGGUCCUGCAGCAGCACCGAUGUGGUGAGAACAGGCUUCGAUGGCCUGGGGGGACGGACAAAAUUCAUCCAGCCUACCGACACAGCCGUGAUCCGCCCACUACCAGUCAAGGCCAAGGCCAAGACUAAGCAGAGAGUGAGGGUAAAGGCUGUGCCCCCUCCCUCUCAGACCAAGCUGGACGCCUUCCUGUGGUAACGCGAACAGUCUGAGCGGCGGCCAGAUGUGCCUGCGGUGAGCAGACAAGCACCGGCCAGGCCAGGGAUCUUUUAGGGGACGGCCUCCUUCAGGACCAGCCCGGAGCAAGGAAACGAGCGGACAGAGCGGCAGAUGACACCAAGAGACUACUUCCUGGCCCGCCGUUCAGUUCCACCUGGCUCUUUGUCUCAAGCUCCUGUCUGUAGCAUUGAUCAGCUGGCUGGGUUCCUUCUGUCCUGGAGACAAGGGUCCCUGGCCGAUUGUGUGUAUGGACAAUAGUGCUUAGGUUUCGCAGGCAACCUAGCCAGAGCUUCAUCCCGCCCCGGCUUAAUACGGGGCAUGGUCUGGGCCCAGCAGAGUGGGGGAUAGAGGUGAUGGUGGGGUGAGGAUGGGGGAAAAUUCCCAAGUUAAGUAACAAUAGAUGGACUUUUCUUCCUGGCUCUGGGAAUAUAAAUUUUGCAUUGAGA